CUUGUAAAACCGCCAAUUGCUUAGGUCAGUGUCGGUAAGUGACGUUUGUCGGAUGUGUGGAGUCCUAGAACUAUGGACAAGCCUUUUACAGAUGCCGGUGAAGUUACAUUACGCAGCAAUCUCCACGCAUGAUUCACAGGUGGUAUAAUCAAGUCGAAAUAUGCCUUAUGUUCUAGAUUUGCUAAUCGAUUGCCAGGGAGAUCGAGUGUUUGAUUAGUCUGAAUAAUUAAUUAAUUUGAAUUGUUAUGACAUGCUUAUGCAGAUUAAGGUUAGGAGUAGAACUUGCCAGUUAGUAGGGGUUAGAUUCAAGAACAGAAUCAGAAGCAUCAACGAAUAUGAGAAUACCAUGUUCUGUAAUCAUGUUUUUAGUAAUUUUCGACUUAUAUCUCACCUUAUUUGUGAUAUGUUAAUGUCCAGUGGUGAAGUUGAUCAGGAGUGCUGUUAUGGUAUAGCUUGUCUCAGGGUGGCUCUUAUGUUCCCUGUCAGAAGACCAAAACUAGCUUAACACACUCUUGUCAGAAAUACUCUUGAAUAUACUUUUUGCACCAUUUCUAACGGAUAUAUAUUGAGUAGUCUCCUGUCGUACAAUGUAAUCGACAGACUGACAAACGCAAAGUUUGUAUUCCUGGAAUAUCUUUAUUUUUAAGAUGCUGGUUCUCAAUAAUUGCUUAACAUGGUUGGUGAAACAGUAACUUUGCAGAUUGCCUCAUAUGAUGCGUUUGGAUAUUGUAAGUCAUGAAUUUCGUACAAAGAAAUCAGUUGAUUGACGCUGUUUAUCUCCAGUGUAAACAGUUAAAGUAUGAUACAUUGUCAAUAUGCACAUAGAGACAAUAUGGUAGAGCAGCGUGAAGUGGGCAGUUAUCAUGUCACUGACGAACCGUUCGUAAUUCACGUGUAUGGUCAUCCUCAUCACGUACUUUCUAGAUUUAUUUUGAGCAUCGGAUAUUAUUAUCGGCCAAUUUAAACUAAGGAAGCUACCUUGGUAUAUGGCCUUCGACAACCAAUAACUAUAUCAACUGGUACCUUCUAUUUUGAACCUGCUCAAGGAGUUCUGAAAAAGUCAAAUAUCUGAUUGUGUGCAUAAUAGAUUAAUUUAAGUUUCUAGAAUAUGUAUAUUCAGGUGAAUCUUUGUAUGGAAACGCGUCUUCUGAAAAGACAGCUCAUUCUUAUUAAGUUCUAAGAUGAGUGACUUCACUGCAUACAUGGUUAGCUAUCUGAUACAUAGUAGCCAGAAAUCUUUUCUACUAUAGUUUUUUGAGUGAUUUGACAGUUAGUGAAGCCUGUUGGCGCUGAUACGUUCUCUUAUCAACUCAGGGAUUUUCUAGUUGACUUAUGACCAAUUUAUAACCCAUGUAAUUAUUUUCACUUUCUGACAGCGCUUUUCUCUUCUGUCUUAUUUUCGCACUAGUGCGUCUUUUCUCAAAGUGCUUUCCCCCGUUUGUAAGAGCUUUUCACUGAAUUUAGCAUUCGUUGACUAACCACUGCCACUUUGUCCUAUGAGGCUAGUAUCCUGUUGGUUCUGUGAACUGAUUUGAUGCUUAAGACAUCUUCACUUUUGAGUAUUAUAGUCGUAUGUUGAAUGGAUUUUGCUUUUACCAGCGAUGUUAAAUCAUUGGGGAUUGCCAGUGUCCUGUUUACUCAUCUAUUAGUUUUCACGUCAUCUAUGUAGACUGUACGUCGUGACAUAUUCUCCAGCUUCAUAGAAGCUUUUAACUUUGGUUAUUAUACCGCAAAGCAUACUUUUAGUUGUUAGUUAACGUAGGAUUUCGGAUUCGUCUGAAUUAAUUUUCAGUAGCUUUACCGUAAUGUUUGUUUUUUUAUUUCAAGCAUUUUACCUAAAAUUUCACUGGCUGUUAUUUGUCAAUCUCAAAAUGUGAGUCACUGUUGUGUUAUCACAUUCGUAAUUUACCCUUCCUGUAAAUAUAGGCGCUUAUAUGUUGUGCGGCGUUAUCUUAAAUAAAACAUUUGUAUUUAUUUUUUAGUGGUUUCCGCUCACAAUGGCUCUCGCAGCUCAAAAAGCACUACUGGAUGAGCUCAUGGGUAAAAAUCGAAAUGCGGUCAAUGGUGAAAUCUCCGGCGGUCCGCAUUGGUCAGAUGAUGACGUAUGCAAGUUUUAUUUGUGUGGAUUUUGUCCCCAUGACUUAUUUGUCAAUACUAAAACUGACUUGGGUCAAUGCCCCAGAUCUCAUGAUGAACGCAUGAGAGAAUCUUAUAAAAAAAGUUCGCGUUUCGGCAAAAUGGGGUACGAGCAAGAUUUUGUUCACUAUCUUACCCAGCUUUUGGAGGAUGUUGAAAAGAGAAUCAGAAGGGGACAUGAGCGUUUAGCAGUCAACAAAAGUGUCAAUAAUCCAGAUCCGAUUGGUGCAAGUGAGAAAAAAGAAAAGAUAGCUGCACUUACAAAAAGAAUAAAUGAUUUAGUGAAGCAAGCCGAAGAACUAGGAACUGAAGGGAAAGUUGAUCAAGCACAAGGAGUUCUAAAGUUAUGUGAACAACUAAAGUUUGAACGAUCACAGCUUGAAGGCGAUGCACGUCCAGGAAUGACUCAGACUAAAGAACUAGAAGUCUGUGAGAUAUGUGGAGCCUUCCGAAUCAAAGAUGAUGCACCCCAACGAGUAGAAGAGCAUUUGUCUGGUAAAAUGCAUCUUGGCUACGCAAAAAUUCGUGAUUAUUUGAGGCAGUACAGUGAACAAAACUCCAAUUCUUCUUCUCGUUAUGGACGGCGGGAUAGACGAUCGCCUGAUCGUUCUCCUGUUUCCCGGGAUCGUACACGUCAUCGAAGCCGCGGUAGGAGUCUGGAGCGAAAUUGUAUCACAGUUCCCUGAUGAACUGAUGUGAUUCGAUUGGAAUUAUUUAAAAGGUACUCAUUGCAGAUUUUAAUUCCGCUUAUUAGGUGAUUUUGGAGUCAUCGUCUGUUACGGGGGCAAUCGGUUCCACAAGUUCUCAUUUACAGUCUAGCACUUCUCGACAUGAUCACCGUGAAAGCGGAAGUGGCAGAUUUAGAUCUAGACAUGAUUUUCGCGAUGACAGACGACGAUAUGGUAGGUCGCGAUCAAGGUCACGAUCAAGAAAAGCCUAUGAUCGCCACCAUCAUGAACAUGCUUCUUCUAAAUCCUCCAAACGCAACACGUCGCCUUUCAGUGCUGCUCGACGUCCUCCUGAAGGAGCUGAAGACUACUAAAUUUUCAGUCUUAAUUGUUUAUUCGAACAUUGUAUAUAUACAUAUUCCAGAUACGUUUUUCUUUUAAUCGCUGCUAAGACACAUCAACCUGUGAUGCACUCAGUUCUUAGUUUGUUUAUACCUAGCAAACUUCAUACAUAUGUUCACUUAAUGUGUCCAAAUAAAAAUGUUAUUGUAA